AUGAAUCAUGGGCCGCCAUGUUUUAGAAUAUGUGGUCAGGUUUUUCAUCGUGUUGGUAAUCUUAGGCCAGAUCAAGAUAUUCCUCCAACAUAUUGUCAACUAUACAUUUAUGAUCCACUUGCAUCAAUAAAUUUUAGAAUGCGACAACCUGGUAAUGAUCUUUGCUUAAAUGAUUUAAUGUUUCGGUUGCAAACUGUUAUUAGCGAGGAGAACCCAUUUGCCCUCGCAUUUAAAAACAUGGCUGAAGUGGAAGAUGAAGAAAUUUGCCAAGCAGCUAUAGAAGGUCGCUCAGUCUCAGUUGUAAAAAUGUCUUUACUUGAAGGGCAAGAUAGACGUCGCUAUAAUCUCCCUUCACAUAAUGAAGUUGCAGUUGUAUUUGUUGGUGAAGAUGGUUCUCCUCCUGCUUCCAGAGAAGUUGUUAUUUACCCGAGAGGUCAUCCUCUUAAAACUAUAUCAAGUAUGUCUGCCAACUUAGAUCCUAUGGUUUAUCCUCUAUUUUUCCCAAGGGGUGAUGCUGGUUGGCAUAAUCAAUUGGUUCACAACCCUGAACGUGCUACAUUGUAUGAUGCCUUACAUGAACAUGUAGACAACCUUGGAAACGAUCAUAAUGUUAGAGUAGGGCGCAUUGUAGUUUUGUCAUCUACUUAUGUAGGAAGUCCUAGAGCUUUAAAAGAAAACUUUGAAGAUGCUAUGGCUAUAAUUGAAAAGUAUGGUAAACCAGAUCUUUUUAUUACUUUUACCUGCAACCAAAAAUGGCGCGAGAUAACUGAAAAUUUAUAUCCAGGUCAAACUGCAAAUGAUAGACCUGAUUUAGUUACACGAGUAUUUAAACUCAAAUUAAAUAAUCUCCUAAAUGAUAUUUUUAAGCAUGGUGUAUUAGGGAAAGUCGUAACCCAUGUUCAUGUUAUCGAAUUUCAAAAGCGUGGUUUACCACAUGUUCAUAUUUUACUUCACUUUGCCACUGAUGACAAGCUGGAGACGGCACAGGAUAUCAAUAGUUUAAUAUGUGCUGAAAUUCCAGAUCCAAUUAUAAAUCGUGAACUUUAUGAUGUUAUUAAAACUUACAUGAUUCAUGGCCCAUGUGGCAUACUGAACCCAAAUUCUACCUGCAUGAAAGAUGGGGUGUGCAGCAAAAAUUAUCCUAAAGAAUUUAAUGCCAACACAGUAGUAGUUCAUAAUGGUUAUCCUCGCUAUAGGCGUCGUGAUAAUGGUUUUGUUAUCAAUAUUAAAGGCAACAAUGUAGAUAACCGCUGGGUGAGUCACGACUGUGCCAAUAUUUUGAUAAAUGAACAAAUUAAUCAUGAUGAAGUAAACACUUUUUUAGACUGUUGUUAUGUUAGUGCACCUGAAGCAUUGUGGCGAAUUUUUGAGUAUCCCAUAAGUCAUAUGUCACACACUAUUAUCCGCCUUAAAGUUCAUCUUCCUGAGAAUCAAUUAGUGUAUUUUAGAGAAGGAGCAGAACAAAUGGCUUUAGAUCGUGCAGCUCAACGUGAUACACACCUUACAGCAUGGUUUAAGUUAAAUUCUGAAAAUGAAAGAGCACAUUGCUAUUCAUAUGUAGACAUUCCUUAUCAUUUUAUGUUUGAUGAUAAGCUUUGUAAAUGGAAGGUUAGACAAAGAGGUGGUAAUAAGGCGAUAGUAAGAAUGUAUAAAGUUAAUCCAACUGGAGAAUUAUUUUUUCUUACGCUGUUACUUUUGCAAGUUGAGACAGACAAUCUUAAUGAAAGAAAUAACUUUCCUGUUGAGUUUUUAAAUAGCUUAACUCCCUCAGGUAUGCCACCUCAUUCUUUAAAGUUUAAAAUUGGUUGUAUAAUUAUGUUACUUAGAAAUUUAGAUCUCAAAGAUGGGUUAUGCAAUGGCACUCGAAUGAAAGUUUGUGCUCUUCAAAAUAAUUAUAUUGAUGCAGAGGUUUUGACAGGUGUUUCUGCUGGUAAACGGGUAUUUGUACCUCGAAUUCAGUUGGCUCCUUCAGAUUCUAAUUUACCUUUUGUUCUAAAACGUCGCCAGUUUCCUGUCAGAUUGGCAUAUUCAAUGACAAUUAAUAAAAGUCAAGGUCAAACAUUUGAUAGAGUGUUAUUUUUGGUUAUGUCAAGCAUUAAUAGAAAACAAAUCGAUUUAUUUAUAAGAGAAAACAAAUUAUCAUUAUCAAAUGAAAAAGAUAAGCUGGUAGUUUUUAAUUUUAUUAGUGAACAACUUGGCAAUUCUAAAUGUGGACGUUACAAUGAUAUAUUUUUGGAUAAAAAUUUAGCCUGGUUUUGCAAAGACUUUAUUAGUCCCCAACAAACCAUUUCUAUAUGCAAUACAGAAACUACACCUAAAUUUUCUCUUGGCAGGCCUCGUAAAUCAUUUGAAAAAUCAUCUGAUAAAUCUAAAAAGAGGAAAGUGUCAAAACUUGAAUCAUUGGCAAGUUCUUCAAACGAGCUGUUGUUUGCUAGCAGUUGCAAACUUUGGAAACAAUGA